AUGGGCCGCUUCGAGACGCUGAAGCCGGAGACGCAGGACAUGGUGAACGCCAUAAUACCCGCUAUUGCCUCUUCCUACAAGAUUGAUCCGGAGAAUUUCAAAGACAUCAUUCCCGAGGAUAUCCGCAUGAGACAAUGGGACUGCGAGCGCCGCGAUCACAUCAAGGACAAGCCAGAAGACGAGCCGCGCAAUUGGGGCGUUGAGUUCCUCAAGAGCCUCCAGGCAAUCGCACGCUUGAACGGAGGUGACCUGGGUGCAGUGCAAGCACGUCUGCGCGAGCUUGUUGCGAAGCAUGAUGAGAAACACCCGUGGGCUCGUCUCGAAGACAUUCGGCAGAUCAAGGCCGAGUGCCUGAACCCUCGCUUGCGCAACCCAAACGCUCAAGAGCCGGCGUCUGAGUCUAGCUCUGACGACUCCCUUGAUUCUUAUCUGGAGGAGCUGGUCGAGCAGGAUCUCCCGAAGGGCAUGAAGCGUGGUCAAAAUGAGGCGUAUGAAAGCCGCGUUCAGGGGUGGUGGAAACCCGCGAAGCCGAAGAAACCCAAGAAGCCCGUCCGACUUCGUCGCGAUCCAGACGUGGGCUGGGACCGUCGCGGAAAGGACAAGAGCAAGAGCCGAGACUUCCGUCAAAUCUCCACCGACAGUGGCACUCCUGACCCUCUUCCAGAGGAUUCUCCAGCACCUAAGCCGAAGCGCCGCCGCCUGAAUUCUAAGGCCGCGGUCAUCAAGAAGGAGUCGCCGACCGUCAUCGACGAAGAGUCCGACGAAGAUGUACCUGUCGAGGUCAAGAAGCUGCAAGCUGAGCUGGAGGCCGCCGAAGCUGAACUAGAGGUGAAGCGCAAACGCUUCAAGUUUUUGGAGGCGAAAGAGAAGGCUCAAGCUGCGAAGGUGGCCCGGGAGGCCUCCACCGGUAGUGCUAGCGGUCCUUCUCUGAAUAGUCGCUAUAGCGUCAAUCGCUACACUAGCUACAACAACUACGAGGACGAUGAUAAUCGCAACGGUCACAACAAGCACAACGGCUUCACUGGUUUCCAGAGAUUCGAUGGCUCCGAUAUCAACCACGGCUUUCGCGGCUUCAAUGGUUUCAAAGGCUUCACCGAUCGCAACGGUCAUUCUCCCUACCCACUUCAGACCAAUUACCCCGCUCGAAAAUACUCGGACUCGCAGAAUCUGCCGCUUCCUGAAGACUAUUACCAGAAUUCCGACGAAGAAGACCCGGAGGACGUUGAUGACGACGAUGAGUAGCCUGGGCGUUCGCCUCAUGCACGAACAUUGAUUUGUCUGGAAAUGGCCCUGGGCAGGAAGAUGGGCGGCAUUCGUUCGAGCAUCUAACGUCGUUCUGGACAUCACACAUGGAGCCCUUAAGUUACGAAUAUGAAGUGUGAAUCAGGUCUUCCCUGAAUUGGAUGAUGGUAUAGGGCGGUGGAUCGUAUGAGAAUUCCUUAGACUUGGGAGUUUGGUUAGUCGUCGGUAGUUGGAGUCUUACAAUUAUGGGCUUCCAGCGCAUCUCGAUGGAUCUCUGACUAGUUUGCGGAACUCUGAUAAUGAG